UUUCUGAAAGUGUGCACGGAGAACACACGUGUUUCCGUUUCAACGAAAACAACACAGCUUCACCGUGACUGUCACAGCGAACGCUUACAAGUAUUUUACAUCUUUAAAACGACCUAAUGUCAGAAGAAGAAGAUGCACUGGAUCUCCUGUUGCAGGAUGACCCAAACGAUCAUGCAUUCAGUAUAAAUACGUACAUGGUAUUGGCAUCCCAAUAUUUAGUGGGAAGUUCCCAGGUAUCAUCCGGUAGCGACAGUCUACUGGCAAAUCCAGACAUGCAUUGGAAGGAUGCUGAUGUGGAGGACACAGUAACACCUGAUCCCAGAACUGUGGCAUUUCAUUCGGGGUGACAACCUGGAUUUCAGUUGAUAUGGGACCCUAUUAUUCGGAGAACUGCAGAUUUUAUGAAGCUGUCUUUGACAGAAGAUUUGGUUUUCUCCAUCUGUGUUGCCACCAACCAUUAUGCUGAGAUGGUCAUAUCUAGGGGGAAGGGUUGCCAUAUACUUCCCAAGGAAGUUUGCAGCCUCUCACUGAAGAGGAACUGUACAGAUUUUUGUGCAUUAUCUUAUACACGCCUGCUGUGAAGUUCCAGUCGAUAGACAGAUAUUGGUCAACGCAUGCCCCUGUCGGAACAACUCAUUAUCAAGAAUUAUGUCUAGAAAUAGGUUUCAAGAGGUUGAAUACAAGAACAUUUUUGUUAAAUAUGAUGCAAGUACAUUUAAAUCUAGUGAUUGAAAGUAAGUACUUGAACAUUCAUAUAUGUUGAACUUGGAGAGGAAAAAUGGUUAGUACUUUUUGAUAACAUUUGAUAAGGUGUUGUUGCUUAGCAACCAAAUAUAAUUGAAUAAAAAAAAUAGAUUGUUUUAGAUUAACAAUAAUUGAAAGAUCUUUGUUUUAAUGUUGCAAUACUUAUUCUAUUUAAUGGAACAUAAUGGCAAAACGUCAUAUUAUUAGAAAAUGAUGGACAAGUAUAUAAAGUACGAAGUUUCCAUUUGAUGACCUUUGACCUUAAUUCUCUUCAUCAUAUUUUUGUUAAAAACCUUUUAAAAUGAUUAAGAUCUAUUUAAAGAUUAUAUUUUUAAAAUAAUGUGACAUUUACUAAUCAUCAUGAAUUGUAAUUACGUUUAAAUUGUGUCGAAUGGAUGCAGAAAGGCAAAUUAUGGUCAAAAUUGUACUAUGAGUAUUGUUACUUAUAAUUAUGUGUUUAUAAGUAAAUAAAUUUUAAAAUCAUGAGCUUGUACUUAUGUGUAGGUGACAGACAAAGCACUGGUGAUGUCAAGGCUAUCGAGAAAGGAAGGCUGCUUGUUGAAAGUGAUAGAGUCUUGGCUGUGUCAUAUUUAAAGGAAGAUAAUUCCCUGUUCUUUACAGGCAUUGUUGGCGCAGCCAUGAAAACAAAGGUAACAUACAACUUCAAAUUAAAAUUUGACAAAAACUCGGGAGACAUCUUGAACAGCCAUUGUGAGUGUCCUGCAGGACGAGGUCCCCAUGGAACUUGCAAGCAUCUUGCUGCUGUUGCCAUAGUUUUACUCUCUUGUUCUGAAGGAAAAGGUUUGAGGAUUCAGAGAUCAUGCACAGAAAACCUGCAGACAUUUCAUAAACCCAAACAUUCAUACUCAGGUUCACCAGUCAAAGCUGAAGAUCUGCCCAGGAAGCGGAAUCUGACUGAUGAUUUUUUAAAUGAUCCCCGCCCUGAACAUCUAAAAGGUGUAGCUGGUUACCCGGAUAGGGUUCGCAAUAUGGUCUUAAACCAUUGUGCAGAGACCUCAGACAAUCUGACAUACAGAUAUCUCAUCGAGAAAGCAAAUAUUCAGGCAGCAGUAUUGGACCAUGAUUAUUUGGAAAGACCCUUCACAGAGUAUUGGGUUCAACGAGCUGUUGAGGUAACAGCAGAUAAAGUAGUUGCCAUUGAGGAGCAGACACGUGGACAAGCCAGCUCAAAUAAUUGGUUCAAGGAGAGAUCAUGGCGGAUCACAGCCUCAAGAUUUGGAGAUAUCUGUUUAGCUACAGACAGGCGUAAUAGGCAGAAACUCUGCGAGUCCCUAUACCAGCCUUCUGCUGCUGUAUUUCGCAGUGAAGCUCUAGUCCAUGGAAGUACCUACGAGACACGUGCUAUUAGAUCCUUUGAAAGAGAGACUGGCCAAGGUGUUCAAAGAUGUGGUUUCUUUGUUGAUAUGGAUCGACCUUACUUGGGGGCAUCACCGGAUGGACUCGUUGGCAAUGAUGCACUAAUUGAAGUCAAAUGUCCCUUUGCUGGUCGCUUUGAGAAGAUUCAGCCUGGAAAGUACUUCCCAUAUCUAACAAUGGACUCUGUAACUGGUGAAAUGAAAUUGAAACCCACCUCUAAAUAUUUUUUCCAAAUACAAGGCCAAAUGCUUAUUGCCAAAAAACAAAUUUGCUAUUUUGUUGUAUACACUUUCAAAGAUUUGUUCAUCCAGAAAGUACAUAUUGAUGUAGAAUGUUGCCAGAAUUCUCUUCUUCCAAAGCUUGAUGUAUUCUAUGAUAAAUUUUUCAUGCCAUACUUGUUAUCCUUGCUGUAAAGUGGAAGCAUAUAUGCAAACUUGUGUAAAAGUUUCUUCUAAAUGAUUUAUCGAGACAGUUCAUUUUUUUUAUACAGAAUCUUUUUUGUAUUCAUGAUUUCAUUAGAGUCUGCAAAUGAUUCUUCAUGUUUUUUUGCCUAAGUUUCUGCCCAGAAUGCCAAUCAAUUUCAGAUGAAAUACAUUGCAUAUCCAUGAUAUGAAAUUUUCUGUAUCGACAAUAUACAUGUAACAAUGCAUAGAUGUUGGUUAUAUAAAGUGUUAAACUUUUUAAA